AUGGCCACGUUCUUCGAAGGAUCAUUACAGGAUGGCAUUGCCCAGGCAGUCCAUGACGCCUCUUUGAGCUCGACUUGGGAGAAUGAAUAUUUCGCAGAUGGAGAGGUUGCGCAAGCGCUUCGCGACGGAUCAGUCCUGCUACGCCUGACAGCGGGAAGCCAAGAGGCAGGUUUCCUCAGUUCAUUCUGUCCAGUCGCAGAAUUUCCCGCGGUCAUUGUGAUAAAAAAUGGCAAGCUGGAGGAGUAUCUUUUACCGGGCAUCUCGAAGGAGGCUUUCAGGGACCGAAUCACUGCUGUGCUGAGCGGGCGAAAACUAUCUGAACCCACAACCUCUUUAGCGCAAGAACAACAGCAGCGACAAGCAGCUGCCAACACCCAUUCCUCGGUCGCAACGCCAUCCCCAAUUCCGCCAGCCCCAGCGGCGGUUACUCAGAGCCCGCCACCAAGCAGUGCCAUUUCCUCCCGAGGCUCCCAUCCCCCAGAGUCUCAAUCGGCCAAGACAUCGGGUACACAGCAGGCCAAGCAACCAGAGCCAAAGUCCACAAAACCGAAGCCCCAGUCGGCAAAGCAAGCAAAGCAGGAAAAGCUGCCGAGCCCUACGCGACACACGAGGUCUACGUCCACAACAUCAGCUCAUACGAGAAAGGGCUCAGUUGUCAAGGCCGCAUCCGCAUCGGCUUCAGAGCCCAAGCCCAAUCCCCAACACUCUGCGCCACGCGGGCCUCCAAGUGAAUAUCGGCUCCAAGUCCGCCUAUUUGACGGCCGAUCAAUCCGCUCGAGCUUCACGCCCACCCAGACAAUACGCAACGAUGUCCGCCCCUGGCUAGAUCAGCAGAUGGACGGCGACAAGCGACCCUACAAUCUGAAACACGUUCUUACACCCCUACCAAGCCGCACACUAUCGACCAGCGAAGAGUCGCAAGCCCUCCGAGACCUAGGUCUCGGUUCAACCGCCAAUCUGGUCAUGAUCCCUGUCGCUUCUUACACCGAGGCAUACGCCUCGGCUGCGACCAGUCUGCCUGCACGGGGAAUCUCGGCUGUUUCCAACAUGGUGUAUACGGUUGCCAGUUCGGCUAUGAACUUCGCGGGCUCAUUUAUCGGUUACGGUUCGGGCGCGACAGAAGCCAAUCCACCAGCAUCGUCGGCAAGCCCGGCUGCUGUGGAACAUACCCCACGAUCUCGAACAACGGGGCCGAAUAUCCGCACGUUGCAUGAUCAACGGAAUAGUCGAGAUGAUAGUCAGUUUUACAAUGGCAACCAGUUGAAUUUCGAACCGCGCGCAUCGGAGCGAAAGGAUGAUUAA